GUUCCUGGAAUAUUCAGUCUCAGGGGAAAAACAAUGCUUCACUGCUGCAGCGACUGAGGCUGAAGUCACAAUCUGGAGUGAAUCUGCUGGUUAAGGGAAGCCAAGAUCUUAGAACUGGGUUCUCCAUCCUAAGAGCUAAGCUGCUGCUUUACGUUCAGGAUCUUUCAAAAAGACAAUGGCCAAACUGUUGCAAGCUCCACCCAAGUUCCUCCCCCCAGAGUGGCAUAUUGCAAACAAGACACAGUAUGCCAGUGCGGAGAGUCAGAGAUCCAGGUCAGAGCGACUUGUAGCUGAGAGCCAGAGGCUGGUGGAUGAAAUCGAAAAAACAACUCAGAAAACCCAAAGUGACGUUAACAAGAAAAUAGAACAGAGACUUGAUGAAAUAAAAUUCUGGAAGCAAGAAUUAGACGACAAACUAGAACAGAUUGUUAAUGAGACAGAGGUGCUGUUGACUUUUAAGACAAGGCUAGAGAAAGCAUUGGAGAGCUGUAAAGAGCCACUAUUCAUCGCUCAAGAGUGCCUCUUGAACAGGCAGAGGCGAGUUGGGAUUGACUUGGUCCAUGACGAAGUGGAGCGGGAACUGAUAAAGGAAGUUGAAGUGCUCCAAGGGGUUAUGGCUUUGCUUGAGCGCACACUGGAACAAACCAAUGAGCAAAUUAGGUUAAACCGUUCAGCUAAAUACAAUCUGGAGAUGGAUCUGAAAGACAAGUUCACCGCCUUGACAAUUGAUAACUAUUGUUCCAACUUGACAAACAAUACACCUGAUAUAAGAUAUGCCAGAAAUGUGGUGAAGGUUGAAGGAAAUUCUGUGAGCCCUGAAGACUGGGUAGAUUUCUCGAAUGUAAAUGUUGAAAAGGCCGACAAGCAGAGGAACAACUCUUUGGCACUCAGGGCCUUGAUUGACCGAAUCUUAUCCCAGACAGCAAGUGACAUGCGCAAGCAGUGCGAGACGGUGAACGUUGCUUUUAAGAACCGGGUGAAGGAGACAAAAGAUGCAAAGAACAAACUGGAGAUCCACCUUGCUAAGGUGAUGGAUGAGAUUACGUCCCAGGAAAAGAACAUUGCGGCCUUAAAGAAAGCUAUCAUCGAUAAAGAAGGACCUGCGAAGGUGGCUCACACACGUUUGGAAACGAGGACCCAUCGUCCCAACGUGGAGCUAUGUCGUGAUAUGGUGCAAUACAGGCUGAUCAGUGAGGUUCAGGAGAUCACAAACAAUAUUCAGAGACUAAAGGACACGUUGGCACAAGCUGAGGUGGAGCUGAAAGGUCUGAGCCGUCGACAGCUAUCACUGGAGGAGGAGAUCCAGGUCAAGGAGAACACCCUGUACAUCGACGAAGUGCUGUGCAUGCAGAUGAGGGAGUCCAUUUCCAUUAACAACUUCUGAAGCCCUGAUGUCAGAGACAGCAUUCCCCGCCACUAGGCCAGAUUCUGCUGGGAGAUACACCAGGGCAAAGCCGGAGUAACUCCACUGAACAUUAACCUAGCACUCUGUGUUUACACGAGUGUGACUCAGAGCAGAACCCGGCCUAGGUGUGUGAAUUAAUUAAAACAGACCUAAAUGCCUCCUCCCCACCUGCCUGUGUCCCAGAAAGUCUAUUGUAAGCUUUCCAGUAGACAUUAAAGUUAUGGAACAGCAA